AUGUUACCAGUAUCACCGCAUAUGCAUUCAAAUUACGGUGGUUUUAACCCACAUUUCGGACCGACAGGAGGAUAUCCUCCCCAUGCUAUCAGAUAUCAUCCAGAUGCUUAUUCUCCGACAACAUAUCCGGCGUCACCGUCUAAUACUGCCUAUAAGUCUCAUGAUUCACAUCAACCUCCUCAGUUAAUGAGUCAACAUGGUCAAUUAAUGCCAACAACUUCACUUCCACCCGUGAGUCCUGUUUCUGGAUCAUCAACACAACCAGAUCUUAGUCCAGUUAAUUCCCCACUUGGUAACAACGGUGGCAACGGAUAUCAUAUGACACAUCAUAUUCAACAUCAAACUAAUACCACCCCAAGUACUACUUAUCAUAAUCCUGAACAAGCCCAACAAGCCCAACAGUCUCAACAGUCUCAGCAAUCUCCAAAUCAAGAAGCGUCAAAUUAUAGUAGUACUGUUACUCCUGUUAGUAUGCCCUCGCCGCCUGAGAGUAUUCCUCCUCAUCAAUCAUCAAAUUUGCGAUUUGAAAUACUUCUCGAAUCUCCUACUGCUUCUGCUCAACGCAUUGACGAAACUCCUAUAACAUACCUUAACAAAGGUCAAUAUUAUGCAAUUGGAUUGCAAGAUCAUGAUAAGUACGACGCCGAAUUUACGACAGUUAUCAAAGUAAUGUUUCAUGAUGAUGCUCAUCGUAAAAUGGCUUCCACUUAUUGGGGGUUCUGGUUAACACAACAAGCAUCACCUAAAAAUGCCAGAGCUGUUGAUAUUGAUAAAGCUGCAUCAACUGGGAUCAGCAAUUUGGAAACAAAAAUUUUUGAUCGUGUACAGUUCCAAUGGAAUGGCAAGAAAGGUGCAAAAAUUUUUGUACGUUUCAAUUGCCUAUCAACAGACUUUUCUCGAAUAAAAGGGGUUAAAGGUAUUCCACUAAGAAUUCAUGUCGAGACAAAGUGUGAUAGCGGUGCAAUCUGUACAUCUCUUGAAAAAUCCUUUGCUAAGAUCAAAUUAUUCAGGGACAAAGGUGCCGAACGUAAAAAUAAAGAUGAUCAAAAACAUUUAGAAAAAAUGUGCGAGAAGAUGAGAGCUAAAUCACAAGAAACAACGCCAAUGAUAAUGAUGUAUGCUCCACCAAAUCCUGUGACUGUAUUUAAUGAAUGCACGAGAAAUAAUAACGUGUCGGAUGAUGAAGAAAUUUUAAAUCUCUCGGAGACUUUAAAUAAUCUUGAUCCAGAUGUAGAGGGAAGUGAGCUAAUGACUCUUCAGUUGGGCAAACGAAAGAGAUUUUCAAUGGGAUCCGAUCUUUUGGAACCUUUAGAUUGCGAUCCCACUUAUAUUCCACAUCUAAGGAAACGUCGUGCAGUUCUUUGCAUUUACGUCAAACUGCCAGGUGAAGCUGUGUAUAAAGCUGUUUAUCUUAAUCAUCUCACUGUUCAAGAUCUUAUCGCAAAACUUACUGAUAAACUCUCGGAGAAAAUUGAUCUUCAAGGUCAACCGAUCACGAAUGUAAUUAGGUGCACUAAACGUAAUCUUACCGUCCGUAUUGAUGAUGAUUCUAUUCACCAAAUUGAGGAUGAAACGGACAUGGAAGUUGAAUUUCAGAUCGGACAAGAUGGAAACGUACAGUUAACAUUGAAAUAUUAA